CAGAAAGCGAUUUUCAAUACAAGAGUGAUUUAUGUUUGGUGACAUAUACGAGAUUUCGUAUUUUUAUUCACGGUGUCCUGUUAUAUUUGAUUUCAAGUCGAUGCAUUUAUGUGUUGGAUAAGGCGGUUUAUGUAUAUCACUGAAGCGGUCUGUCAGUCGAACGGGUAGACAGAAAGGGGCAUUUGUUCAUUCUGAAACUAUUACAGUGUAGAAAAUGUCGCUGUGGCGCCACAUAGUUGAUAAACAGAAGGGUAACCAUGCUAAUGACGGUCUUGUUGAUGCUGUUGGCAAGGCCACUUCAGGUCUGCUGGAACACAACAAUUCAUUAAAUAUGAAAUAUGCACAGACAGCUCAAGGAAAUGGCUUUUUUGUACACACUACUACUGCUGAAACAGCUUCAUGUGAUACUGGACCAAGAUCACCAGCAGUAAUGAGGGAUGUUCCCUCGUCCUCCCCUACUGCAUCUCGUUGCUGUUGGCAAGCUUCUGCUCAGUUGGAUUGUUCACUGCUUAAUCAGCUGCUCUCCCAAUGCCCGUCUGUAGGAAAGAAAGGAUCCGAGCUCAUUCACAAUCCUAAUAAGGCCAGCAUCACUGUGAACUGCACCACAGCAAAGGUGGUGGAUGUAAACAAGCAAGCCUGUAAGCUUCUCGAGGGCUCACGCGGUGAUUUGAUUGGUCAGACGCUUACCUCUUUCCUUAAAACCAGUCACAUAACAGAGGAGGUCCUGGGGGAGGAAUAUCUGGACUCUUCAGGCAACCUGAACACUGUAUCAGGGAAAGUGCUGAAUGUGGUUAGUACGACUGGCUCGGAGUUCCCUGUGUCUGUGUGGACGAGCUCACAUGAAAAUCAAACCUCUGUGCUGCUUCUGGAAAGAGUGGAGAGGAUAUCAGCGCACUUUUCCUUUUCUAAAGAGGGGAAGAUCCUGAGCUGUGACUCCACUUUUGCUCAUCUUCAUGGUUACUAUGAGCCUGAGGCCUUGGCAGGGACGUCCGUCAGCUCUCUGAUGCCGUCACUGCAUGUUCCACUGCACUGCCGGACUGUACCUAAGAUGUUCCGUGUGCAGAGGGUGUGUGUGCGGGGCAAGUGUGGCACAGAGCUGCGUGUGUGUGUGCGCUUACGGGCUGCCGUAUCCUGCGGGAGGCCCUCAGGCCAGAUGAACAAGUCAGCUGGAGCUCAGUCCACUGACACCAAUGGAGCAGGUACUAAAGAUGGUUCCGGCUUGGACGUGGUUUAUUGCGGGUCACUCUGGACAUUUGUUUCUUCCAGCAGCCUCCUGACCCUCCGUCCCAAUGGUACUAUUAACAGCAUUAACAGUAUCUACUGCCCCCUGCUGGUGGGAUACAGCAUGACUGAACUGCAAGGCAAGAACAUCACCUUCCUGAUCCCUGCCUUUUAUGAGAGGAUGUGUGCCUUUAACAGAAGUCUGAGCCCUGUAUCUUAUCAGGAUGAUGAAGAUGAUGCAGCAUCCAACUCGUCUAGCAAUCACACAGACUCGUCGAAUGCUGGUGGAGAUUUAGGCCCAUCUGUUUAUGCAGCCUCAGUGAAGGAAGAUCAGCAGGAGACAUCUGUGAAGGCAGUCCUGGCCAGAGACAGUAUGAUGAUGUACCAAGCCCAGCAGAGGAAAGGUAUCGGGAAAGGAAGAAAAGGCUUUGCUGCAGUCAGAACUAAGCUGGUGCCUCAGGCCAAUGCUUUGUCUGCUAAUACUUCGCCGGUGGUCUCCUCCACCCCUGGUGACAGUUUAGAGACCACGUCAGAGCUGUGCGAGAAGGCGGCUGCGCUCGUAGCCCAGUGCGCCAAUUCGCCCCAGUGCGCCCCGGCUGACUCCACAACGUCUCUACUGCACACCUUCGCAUUGCUCGAGUCCCAGGAUCCCUUGACCCAAAUCGGACUUCAGGACUCCAGCUUUGAGGUGAUUUCUCUCAGCAGUCGCUCAUCCUCGGGUUUCUGUGAGAAGUGGGCGGGGCCCGAGAAACCAGAUGACACACACCAGGGAGUGAACGCUGAUUCGAGCAGCUGCUUCGUAGACCUCGAUGCCAACGGUGAUGCGAUAGCUCUCGCCCUAGGAGAUCUGGAGCUGAGCGAGGCUGACACGGCCGAGCUCCUGCGCACCCUGUCGCCCUGCGUCGUGGAGUCUGAUCCUGAGACCGAGCAGCAACAGGCCUCAAGAUGCACACUGUCUGAACAGAAGUGUCUAGCAGGGUGUGUCGGCCCCGAGCUGAAAGAGGUCAAGAAUGAAGACCAAUGGAACGCUGAGUUGAAAGCUCAGGAACAGUGGACUCCAUAUUCAGAGUUAGGUGGAAGGUUACCCAGUGUCACUCCAGCAACCUCCACCCCAAAGAAACCACUAUCCACGCCUGCUACACCCACCUCGCCACUCAACCUGAUGCAGGAGGGCAGGUUUCGAGCAAACUGCUACCACCGAGACGGCACACCUAUUGAGGUGCAGUGUGACGUGCGCAGGGCUUGGCUCAUUGGUGAAAGAACUCUCUUCUGUGUGUGGCUCAGUGGAAGCCAUCUCCUUCUUCACCAGCAAGAGAUGCUACAGAGCACUCAGCCCUCAACAGCAGAAUCUUCAGUUCAGGAUGGUACAUCAUGCAGCCUGGUAGAGGCAAUAAGUGAAGCGGAGUACAGCAGGGGUCUGCGCUCUUCCACUGACCUGGACCAUUCAAGAGCAUGUGAAGGCCAGUUUGAGGAAGAAUAUCAGCCACUGCGUUCUGUAGGAAAGGGGGCCUUCGGCUUCGUCUGGCUUGCUUCACGGCGCCACGAUGGACACGAGGUGGUGGUGAAGUUUAUUAGGAAAAGCAGGGUUGUGAGGGAGUGCUGGGUAGAAGACCCUGAGCUGGGUCGGGUCACUCAAGAGGUGGCCAUACUGGCUCGAUUGAACCACCCAAACAUUGUCAAGGUCUUGGAGGUGUUUGAGAAUGAGAAUUUCUUCCAGAUGGUAAUGGAAAAACAUGGAGACGGCCUCGACCUGUUCGAGUUCAUCGACAUGCAACCGAGACUGGACGAACCUCUGGCCAGCUACAUUUUCAGGCAGUUGGUGUCAGCGGUGACCCACCUGCAUGAGAAGCGUGUGCUGCACAGAGACAUCAAAGACGAGAACAUCAUCAUAAACACCGACUUCCACAUCAAACUGAUCGAUUUCGGAUCGGCCGCCAUGCUGGAGCCGGGCAAAGUCUUCCACAUUUUCUGCGGCACUCUGGAAUACUGCUCCCCUGAGGUGCUCAGAGGAAACCCAUAUGAAGGACCAGAACUGGAGAUGUGGUCUCUGGGAGUGCUACUAUACACCCUGCUCUUCAGUGAAAAUCCUUUCUGCGGCGUGGAGGAGACCAUGCAGGCCAAACUCGACCCCCCGUGUGGCAUCUCCACAGAGUUGUACAGUCUGCUGGCUGGUUUGCUGCACCCAGAACCAGCUGACAGGAUGACGCUGGAGGAGCUGCUACAGGAGCCGUGGAUCCGACAGCCCAUUAACCUGGCAGAAUACAGCUGGACUGAAGUGUUCCCCAACAGCCACGAAUCAUCUGAACACAACCAGUACAGUCCAGAUGUGAAGCAAUCCAGCAACAUUGACCAUGACACUGACCACACACCUCUGCAGGAUGAAGAGGACGAGGAGGAGGAUGACGAGCAGAGGAGAACGAUGGCAGCACUAGAGUUUGAGCUCCUGAAGUAUCUCACUGAUGAGUAGAAUGUUGAAUGUUUUAAACUUGUUUAAUGUUACGUUACACAGGUGAAGCAGAACAUCGAGGGAAGAUCAACUGUGUGAAAAAAGACCUGUAAUGAUUGUGUUGCUGCCGUCUGUCCAUUUUUUCGUCCUGCAAAAGGCAGAAAGACCUUCAACCUGUCUGCGAAGUGGUUGUCCAUUUACACUGGUUUGUGAAUUGCAAAUUAAAAUGUAACAUUGUAACAACGUUCUGCAGUUUUUGAAGAAUCACCUGUUAAAGCAAAAUGAAUCAAUUCCAAAA